CGGCGAAGUUCCUUGAUAGGUUUGAUUAGUGGUUCAUGCACUGAGAACUUGUCAUGUAACACGGCCUAAUCCAUCAAAAACUUGCUCAUCAACAGUAUUGUCGGUGAGCUUUAUCAAUAUUGGAAGUACGGAGCGGCCUGAGUCGCAUACUGAGUCUUUACCACCCGAGUACUAGGCCAGAUGCCUCCCCGCAAAGUCAAAAUAAUCCAGCUUGUACUGUGUUGUACGACCUGAGUUGGCCGUUUUACUAACAAGAUGAUUGAAGCUAUCUCUUCCUAUUCAAACAUGAUUUAUAAUAUUCGACCUCAGGACAAUUUUCAAGAAAGCAUCCACAUUCCCGGAGACUGGAAAUUUUCUAUUCGGUAUACUUAUUUGAUAGCUAGGAAGUUAUAAUUGUAUAAGGGUAUGAAAAAAAAAACGGCAUGAGGCUCAUAUUGAUGCGUUUGGAAGAUUUCAGCAAGUGGUACAAGUACGGCGUCUUUUGAGGACGCUUAUCUAUGACAAUCCGGAAUGAGUAAGCGAAGGCUGAGUGGAGUACGAAGUAAAAAACACGAAGAUAACUAGCAAACUGAUAGAUGAUGAGGUUGGCGAGUAAAUGAAGCAAUCUGUGUAUAAAGGAGAAUCGAGUCUGCUAUAUCAACUUAGCCAGGCACACAAUAAAAUUGAUCUUGUGGCUUCGCGAUACCAGGAGAAAAGAGAGAGUUCUGUGGUGCGGAGUGAGACUUUCGUAUAUGAUGACCACAACCGCCCGGUCGAUUAUCAAUGUCAAGGGGGCUGGCCCUGCGCCGAUCAACAAGGAAAUCUCUUUUGAUCGCGGUGUUUUGUCUUUGAUAACUUUGUUAAUGUUAAUGAAUCUACUACGAUGUUUCCUUUUGACACACAGGAUCGAACUCAACUCGCCCAGAUUAUUCACACACACCAAGACUAUUCAUCUGAGGUCGUCCUGGAGUAUGAUGAGAGCGGCUGCUUAACGCGCGAUGAACAAGGUCGAACUGCAAUUUGAUAACAUGAGUUGUUAAACUGAAGUGCGAGAUGCCAACGGUAAUAUCCUCUCACACAAUACCUGUAUGAUGCAGGCGGAAACCUGGCAUUUCAGAAAGUACCCAAUCGACCGGACACGGCCUUCUUCUAUCGGGCAUCACUUAUAGUCGUGAAGAAAGGGAGGCAACAAGUUUGUCCAAUGGAUCCGGGUAUCCGGGAAAACAAUUUCUCGAGAAGAUGGAAGCAUGGAAGCCCAUCUCUGGGCUCGAGCUGCCAACAGCCUGUUCUAGCCACAUUGGAUUCUCAGAAUGAUCAAACCCAGAAUCAGCAGUGCACACCGUAUGAAUGCUCUGGUUGCGGAAUUGAGGCUUUCUUCUCCUCCAUAAGCUUCAAUGGACAGUAGCAAGGUCCCGUUACAGGUUGGUACCAUCUAGGUAAUAGCUAACGAGUCUACAAUACCCAACUUAGGCGAUUCCGUGCGCCUGAUUCUUGGAGUCCAUUUGCAUCAGGGGAGAUUAAUCCUUAUAUAUUCUGUUUGGAGACAAGAUUAAUCGACUCGAUUCGAUGGCCAUUUCGGUCUCAAUGGUAUUGAAUUUGGAUGGGAAGAUCUUAUUAUGGCGGUGGUUCGAAUUGCCGUUAGCCAUAGUAUAGGCGUUUGUAUCUUAACUGGUGGUGCAAGAUUAGCCAUAUAUGUCAGCGUGCUAUCGCCGCAAGUUUUGUCGCCGACGACGUCUAAUAUAAUCGGAAGUAUGACUGAAAGACA